UCCAAACUCUCCAGUUAUCAAAAAAAAUAAAAUUCCAAACUCUCCAAAUUCAUACCGACCAGAUGGUUCCGAUGUUCAUCAUCGAAACAUCGUCUCUUCCGAUGCGCCUCUCUUUGCCGACCAGAUCCUCUACCAUGGCAGCGACACCGAGAACCUUCAACUCUGUAACUUUGAUAGUUAGGAUUUUCACUUCUUUCUGGACUUUUGAAUUCCUUUUGCGAUUUUCUUCUGGAAUUUUGAAUUCCUUCGGUUUUAAAUAUUUGAAAGAUUUUAACAUUAUGGAAGAAGCUGGUGGAGUUGGAAAGGGCAUCACUAAGGAAUUUGAUGUCGAAGUCAACGACAACACGUUGGAAAUUCACUUAUACUGGGUAGGGAAAGGAACCAAUGCGAUUCCUGUCAGAGAUGUAUAUGGACCUCUUAUAUCUGCUAUCACAGUAACACCAAACUUCAAAAAUCAUUCAAAAGGGUUGUCUGCUGGAGUUAUUGUUGGAAUUGUAGCCGCAUCAUGUAUCCUUGUCAUAUUGAUAUUGGUUACCCUUUGGAAGAUGGGUUUGCUUGGCAGAAAAUAUGUAAGAGAGAAAGAACUUCUUGAUCUCAAAACUGGUUAUUUCAGCUUAAGACAAAUUAAAAUAGCCACUAAUGACUUUGACCCUGCAAAUAAGAUUGGUGAAGGGGGAUUUGGACCGGUAUACAAGGGUAUUCUGUCAGAUGGUGAUGUCAUUGCUGUUAAGCAACUCUCCUCCAAAUCACAUCAAGGGAACCGUGAAUUUGUUAAUGAAAUCGGAAUGAUAUCUGCUUUACAGCAUCCAAAUCUUGUUAAGCUCUAUGGCUGUUGCAUUGAAGGAAAGCAGUUGCUGCUGGUAUAUGAAUACAUGGAAAACAAUUGUCUUGCGCGCGCACUUUUUGGUCGUCCAGAACAGAAGCUGCACUUGGAUUGGCCUGCAAGAAUGAAGAUUUGUCUUGGCAUAGCAAAGGGAUUAGCAUUUCUUCAUGAAGAAUCAGCGUUGAAAAUAGUACACAGGGAUAUUAAGGCUUCUAAUGUAUUACUUGACAAGGAUUUGAAUGCCAAAAUCUCUGACUUCGGUUUAGCUAAGCUUGAUGAAGAUGGGAAUACCCAUAUCAGUACACGGAUAGCAGGAACAGUUGGAUACAUGGCUCCAGAAUAUGCUAUGCGGGGUUACUUGACCGAUAAGGCAGAUGUAUAUAGCUUUGGAGUUGUAGCUUUAGAGAUUGUUAGCGGAAAAAGCAAUACAAAUUUUAAUCCAAUGGAGGAGUUUUCAUAUCUUCUGGAUUGGGCCUGUGAUCUUCAAGAACAAGGAAACAUUUUGGAGUUAGUGGAUCCAAGUCUUCUUGGCUCAAGGUACUCCACAAAGGAAACCAUGAGAAUGCUUAAUGUGGCAUUCUUAUGCACAAACACAUCUCCCACUCUUAGGCCAUCGAUGUCAUCGGUAGUGAGCAUGCUUGAAGGAAAAACUCCGAUCCAAAUGACAGUAAUCAAUCAGAGGGACAGCGGUCAACAUGCAAGUCUCAAAUCCUCCGAGUUUCUGUCACAAGAUAGUCAAACAUCAGCAAGAUAGUCACAAGACUCCUCCGUAUCUCUUCUAAGUGAAGAUGAUUUUUCUUCAAGCAGUUAACUUUCUUGAGUUUCACAUGAUGUGUUCAGAGCACACUAAAUCAUUUUACGAAGGUGAUAUAUAUAUAGUGUAUGAACUGCAGAUUAACAGCAUAUCAAGACGAUAAGCGAGCAUAGAAGUUUGGUUCCAUCAUCAGGUUUACAAAUACAUAGCACAUGUACAUUUAUUUGUUGCAAAAUUGUGAGUUAAAGGCAUUUCUUGUGUAUUUUUUUCUUAUAAAGCUUUUAUUGAUAUUUUUCAACUCAUUCUUGUGUGCCACAGUCCAUAGAUCUUAAUUUAGACUCAUUGGCAUUGACGGUGAACUAUUGCUAAUAUAGAAAGUUACUUGGCAUUUUGUAUGCCAAUUAGGACAA